AAAAUAUAUUUUAUUCCCACCCUGCCCCUCUCCCUCCCCCUCUCCUCGAUCUCCCACUUCCGACCUCCCUCUCUGCUCGUGCCAUGGUUUCCUCUUCCUGAAGGGGAAGCACGGCCACAUCUCGCAGCCAUGGUCACCAACUUCCUGCACAAGUAUCAGUUUCAGAAUCACCAGCUCGCACUCCCCAAGAAGCAGUUCGUCACCUACGCCGUCUACGCGCUCAUCGCCGUCGCCUUCCUCCACUUCCUGCUCUUCUACCCUGCGCCCGCAUCUGAGAAGCCAGUGGUGGCGGCGCGAGUACAGGAGGAGGAGGUCGCAGCAGCUGUCUCAGCUCGGGUUAAUGCGCGCGAGCAGCUGCUUCCUCCUCCUCCCCCUCCUCGCCGACGAGAUGUAGCGUUGGGGAAUCCACAAGCUAUGGAAGAAGUAGCUGUGCCGCCGCCGCCGUGCGACUACUCCGACGGUGAGUGGGUGCCGGACGCGCGCCCGCCGCUCUACAACGGCACGAGCUGUGGCACUAUCAAGGACGGCCAAAACUGCAUGGCGCACGGCCGGCCCGACACCGGCUACCACUACUGGCGGUGGCGGCCGCGGCAGUGCGACCUGCCGGCCUUCUCCCCGGAGGCGUUCCUCCGCUGGCUCCACAACAAGCACCUGGCCUUCGUGGGCGACUCCCUGGCGCGGAACCAGGCGGAGUCGCUGCUGUGCCUCCUCGCGUCGCGCUCCCCGACGGAGCUCGUGCACCGGGACGGCGAGGAGAACCGGUUCCGGCGGUUCGCGUUCCGGGAGUUCAACGCCACGGUGUCCGUCCUCUGGUCGCCGUUCCUGGUGAAGGCCACCGAGAAGGCGGAGCGCGCCGGGGUGCGCCACAACCACGUGUUCCUGGACGCGUUCGACGAGCGGUGGAUGUCGCAGCUGGGCGCGGUGGACGCGGCGGUCCUCUCCGUGGGCCACUGGUUCCUGCUCCCCGGCGUGUACCACGACGGCGGCCGGGUGGUCGCGUGCCACGACUGCGCGGACCUGAACCACACCGAGACCGACUUCUUCGGCGCGUUCAGGGACGCCGUCCACCGGACGCUCGCCGAGGUCGCCAGGCGGCACGGCGGCGGCGGCGGCGCGGGCGAGGAGAAGGUGGUGGCGCUGACCACGUUCUCGCCGGCGCACUUCGAGGGGGACUGGGACAAGUCCGGCGCGUGCCCGAAGAAGCGGCCGUACAGACCCGGCGAGAAGGGGCUCGGGUACACGGAGGCGGAGAUGCGGAGGACCGUGGUGGAGGCGGUGCGCGCCGCCGCCGGGUCCGUGUCCGGGCUGCGGUUCGCGGCGCUGGACGUGACGGCGCUGGCCAACCUGCGGCCGGACGGGCAUCCGGGGCCGUACAUGCGCAAGGACCCGUUCGGCGGCGGCGGCGGCGAGACGGGCGACGGGAGGGUGCCGAACGACUGCGUGCACUGGUGCAUGCCCGGGCCGGUGGACACGUUCAACGAGAUCCUGCUCCAGACCCUCCGGUGACCGCGCCGGGGCGAGACAUCCUCAAGACGGCAGACAUGUCCUCUGCUGGUUCCUUC